CAGCAAACAAGUCGCGCGGAAGCGUACUGCGGUUUACUUUCCCCUAUAAAACACAUACACCGUACACACACACACACACACACACACACACGCGCGCGCGCACAACACCGGGACUUACUCGUUACUAUGAAGAGCGCUUGGAUCUUUCUGUGCGCAGUCUGCGCCUGGUAUCCAGUUCACGGAACAUAUCGACCCUCAAGCUGCACAUGUAAUGGAAAGGCUCUGUACUGCGUAAGAGACUCCUUGGGCCUGCUUUGUGCGAACUGCCAAGACAACACUGAAGGCCGGCACUGUGAGAGCUGUAAGGAAGGAUACUACCACCAGAGGGCAGGAGAGCACUGCCUGCCCUGUGCCUGCAACUCUGUAGGCUCUGAGGGCCCAGGAUGUGACAGUCAGGGGCAGUGUGUGUGUAAGCAAGGUGUGCAGGGUACUCAGUGUGAUCGCUGUGCAGAUGGAUCUCCAAUCACAGCCAGUGGCUGCAAGCAGCUGCAGAAGAAAAGCUGUUUCUGUAACGGUCAUUCGAGCGAGUGCUCCUCAGCUGAAGGUUACUCAAUGUACAACAUCGUCUCAACAUUUGAUCAAGGGAUGGAGGGCUGGAGAGUCGUCACUGCUCCAAAGGUUAGUCCCUCCCAGGUGCAAUACCACUGGUCUCCGGCACACCACAGCAUCGAGGUGGUCUCUACAGACGUGCUGCCUGUUUACCUGUCAGCUCCCGCUCGGUAUCUAGGGAACCAGGCUCUUAGCUACGGUCAGACGCUGUCCUUCGUCCUCCGUCUGAACCGAGGAGUCCGUUAUCCUUCCACCUCAGAUGUCGUGUUAGAAGGAGCCGGACUGAAAGUUGCUGCUCCGCUAGGAAACAUGAGGACUGUCAUCCCAUGUGGCAAGAAAAUCACUUACACUUUCAGGCUGGAUGAACAACCAAGCAGCAGAUGGAAUCCUCAGCUUUCAGCACUAGAAUUUCAGACCCUGUUGAGUAACCUUACAGCCAUCAAGAUCCGAGUCACUUUCGGCGAAGAGGGACGUGGUCACCUGGACGAUGUCACCCUGGUCUCUGCUCGGUUGGGUCCUGGCUUUCCUGCAUCCUGGGUGGAGGAGUGCCGUUGCCCUGCUGGUUACGAAGGACAGUUCUGUGAGCGAUGUGCUGCUGGCUAUAAAAGACGUUUCCCUGGACAGGGUGUCCGUAGCCAGUGCGAGCCGUGUACCUGUCGGGGAGGAAGCUGUGAUCCUGAAACAGGAGACUGCUACCCGGCCGACGAGACUCCUAGUGGACAAGGCUGUGAUACUGGUUACUACAGUGACCCUGAGGUUCCUGGAGCCUGCAAGAAGUGCCCAUGCAGCAUAGGCUUUGUCUGCUCUCUCGUUGCAGGGACCCUGAAUGUAAAGUGUAAAUGCCCACCUUGGACCACAGGCUCUCGGUGCCAAAAGUGCUCUGAUGGUUUCUAUGGUGAUCCUCUGGGAGAGAGUGGUGUUCAGCAACCCUGCCAGCGCUGCCACUGCAACGGUCACUUGGACUUAAAUGUCAUUGGGAACUGCGACCGUUUGACAGGGGAGUGUUUCAAAUGCACAAACCACACCACAGGCUUUCAGUGUGAGAAGUGUCUGGAGGGAUUCUUCCACAGCAAAGCCGGCGAUGCGUGCCAAGCUUGUAACUGCAACCCGAAGGGAUCGAUCGCCAGCUCCUGCAAUGAGCAAGGCCAGUGCAAGUGUAAAGAGGGUUUCGAUGGGCAAAAGUGCAUCAAAUCCAAGUGUCCAUCAUGCUUCGACCCUGUUAAGAACAAGAUUGGGAAAUUUGUGAAGAAGCUGCAGCAGGUGGAGGCACUUUUUAACAACGUUGGGACUGAUGGUGUGGACAUCACUAAAGCCAUGGAAAAAGCAAUCAGAGAUGCUGAGGAAAUGGUCAAGAUGGUGGAAAGUGAAGCAGACUCAGUGAUCGAAGCAGAGAAAGGUCUUCAUGCCCAGCUGUUAGCCAUCGGCAACAAUCAGCUGAAGGGCGAGGGAACAAUACAAGACAUCUCAAAGAUCGUAGAGAGUGUUGUCCGGCAGGAGCAGCGUUAUCAGAGAGAAGUGUCUGACAUCCAGAAACUCCUCAGCAUUAUUAGGCAACAUCUGGAAAAGGCCAAGCGGGACAUCCAAUCAAUUGAGCUCCCUUCAGGUGAUGCGGUCCCAGGUACAAACAUUGUGUCCGAUUUGAUCCAGAAAGCAAGUGAUCUCGCUGAUAAGCACACAGGCGAGGCAGCAGUAGUGGAGAAAACAGCGAAGAGUUCUCUUCUCGAGGCUGAGAAAGCUUUGGCUCUCAUGCGCACUGUCAUCAGUGGAGAAAACAAAGUCACAGAGCAACUCAACGGCCUCAGAUCUCAGUAUGAGAAAGACAUAGCCCAGGUGAGUGCCAUGGACAAGCAGGCAGUUCGUCUGAGUAAAUCAGCUGAGACAGAAAGCAAGGUGGCGCUGGAUAUGCUGAAACAAAUAUCUGACCUGGAGAAAAACCUUCCAAAGGCCCCAAAGGACAUCACCAGCUUGGCUGGCACACUGGAUGGUCUGAAGCAGUCAUUCGGCGGUAACGUGUCAGGGUUCCUAGAGCUGCAUAAACAGGUUGGCAAUGAUCAGAAAGAGGCAGUGGAGCUAAUGAAUCAGCUGAAAAAUGGUCAGCAGGUCCAGGAAAACCUGCUUGGCAGGGCCAACAUUGCCAAAGCAGAUGCAGACAAAGCACUGAAGCUCUUUAACAGUCUGGGCAAUGUGGAUGAUGCUCUGGAGAAACUCAAAGGAUUUGAAGCCCAGAUCGACAGUAGUAAGGCUUUGGCUGAUGAGGCCCUUAGUAGACUGCCCAUAAUUAGCGGCAUCAUUGGGAAAGCUGUGGCCAACAAUGACAAGACUCAGGCCAUUCUGGAUCAGAUGGGGGACUACAGUGAUGUUAUGGCCACGCUUAGCAAGAUAAACGACUCUCUGGACAAUGUAGAGAAUUUAUACAGUUCCCUGCCUCCCUCGUCAAAUCUUCUGAAAACAGCUACAACACUGAAGGGAGGCCUGGAAGUGCUAAAUAACCAAGCCGACUCGAUCAGGAACAAACUGACCGAAGAGAAAGGGAACGCAGAGAGAGAGUGGAAUCUAGCCAAAGAGGUUAAUUGGGAGGCCAGUGGAGCAUAUAUUAAUGCAAAUAACACAAGAGAUGCUGUUGGAGAUGCUUUGAAGACUGUUAAUAACCUUCUUGGAUUACUCGGAACACCGGCAGCUGUAGAUGACAAGAAGGUGACAGAUCUGGAGAACGCUAUAGCCACAAGCCGUAGACGUGUGGAGACAGAGCUCAGGCCCCGGCUCAAAGAGCUGGAGGACAAAGAGGCUGAGCAGAGAGCCGCCAUCGCACGCAUGAUCAAUGACAUCAACACCAUCCUGGCUGAUAUCGACAACCUUGAGCACAUUCAGCGAACCAUUCCAGAUGGCUGCUAUAACUCACCGCCCAUUGAGAGGCCUUAGUGACAUAAUGUAAGAAAUGGACUACAGAAAAUGCCUCAGAGACUUUUUUUAAACACCAUUUUAUAUUUAAUGUGCUUUGUGUGUGUGUGUGUGUGUGUGUAUUUUGUACUGGAUGUUUGUAAGUUACUAACUAUAUUUAUGUUCCUUUGGGAGAAAAAGAUGACUGUGAUGUGUAAGACACAAACAACAUUAAUGAUUAAAAAAAUUAAAGCCAAUUGUGUCUCCAAAGCCAAAGUCUGCAAGCACUCCUGUAAUUCAGUAUUUAUUGUAUGUAUGGUGCUUUUGAAUAAUACAUUGCUGAUUAAACCAAACAUUAUAAUCAUUG